UGCGCGCAGCGGUUUUGGCUGCUGCAAGGGUGAGGGCCAAGGUCAAAGUGGGAGCGGCGGCGGCGUCGUGUCCACCAAGUCACUUAGCGUGGUCAGCACUACUGUAAGUGUGCCCGCACGCCGGCCAGCGCGUGUUGCAGCUAUUGCGGCGCGAUUGCAGCGCUUUGCUUUUGCGCUAGUGUCCUUAUGACGCUAGUAAAACUCGGAGAGCUCGCCGCUUUUUGGCCAGCGUAGCGGCCUCUGUGGUCAAGUGCCAAUUGCACGGCUCGCGUAUAUUAACUAACAUACCUGCCGGAGCAUCGCUGCGGCGGCGAAAUUCGUAUUUAGGCAGUAGCGAGCAUCGUGACAUGGCGUGGCGUGUGCUCGCCACCGUCAGCCGCGGCUCCGCCGGCGCGAGGACGCCGCAGGGAGCACUACGCGCGUUGUCCGCGGCCCCCGCGUCCGCCGAUCUAACAAGGAACAUUGGUAUAAGCGCACACAUCGACAGCGGCAAAACCACGUUAACGGAGCGCAUCCUGUACUACACCGGCCGCAUCAACAACAUCCAUGAUGUCCGAGGGAAAGAUGGAGUGGGCGCAAAGAUGGACUCCAUGGACUUGGAGAGGGAGAAGGGCAUCACCAUACAGUCAGCAGCGACCCAUUGCUCUUGGAACGAGAACCAUAUCAACAUCAUUGACACGCCGGGGCACGUCGACUUUACGAUUGAGGUGGAACGAGCUUUGAGGGUUUUGGACGGCGGCGUUCUCGUGUUAUGUGGUGUCUCGGGCGUCCAAUCGCAAUCGUUAACUGUGGAUCGGCAGAUGAAGCGGUAUGACGUUCCGAGAGUGGCCUUCGUCAAUAAGCUCGAUCGAGCCGGGGCGAAUCCGGACAAAGUCGUGGACCAGUUACGAGAGCAGAUGGCUUUACAUGCUUGUGCCGUCCAGAUGCCGAUUGGUCUGUCAGAAAACCAUGAGGGCGUCGUGGACUUGGUUAAAAGGGUAGCGUACACCUUCAAAGGUGUGAAAGGUGAGGAGGUCGAGGAGACGGAUGUACCUGCUUCAUUGGUAGAUGAAGUGGAAGAAAGGAGAAAUACGUUGAUAGAAGCGGUAGCUGAUGUCGACGAUGCGCUCGCGGAGCUGUACCUCGAAGGUGACGAGAUCGAUGCUUCAGUGCUGACGGAUGCCAUCGGGCGCGCGACGAAAGCUAGAGAGUUUGUGCCGGUGUUUAUGGGUUCGGCGUUCAAGAACAAGGGCGUCCAGCCCUUGCUCGAUGGCGUCGUGUCGUACCUGCCGGCGCCGACGGCUCGCGAAGGGGUGUGUGCAUUGGACUUGGAGAACGAUGAAGCUCCAGUACCGAUCGAGUGCGAUAGUGAUGCACCACUCCUUGCAUUAGCGUUCAAGCUGGAAGAAUCUAGGUUUGGGCAAUUGACGUAUGUCAGGAUCUACCAGGGCACGUUGAAGAAGGGCGACUACAUCCAGAACGUACGAACUAGGUCAAGGACGAAAGUACCGCGCGUGGUACGGAUGCACGCCGACGACAUGGAGGAGAUCGACGAGGCGUCGGCCGGUGAUGUGGUGGCCAUUUUUGGCGUGGAAUGUGCUUCCAUGGACUCGUUCGUUUCGGGCGAGAAGCGAGGUGAAUCAUCACGAUUAGCUAUGGCGUCGAUGUACGUGCCGAGGCCUGUGAUCAGUUUAGCGGUAGCGCCGAAGAAGGGCGCGCCGCCCAAUGUGGUCGACGCCUUCGGCAACGCCUUGCAACGUUUUACAAGGGAGGACCCUACUCUCAGAGUACAUGUCGACAAUGAGUCCAAACAAACGAUCAUCAGUGGCAUGGGCGAGCUGCACCUAGAUGUCUACGUCGAGCGGAUGAAGCGCGAGUACAAGGUUGAGGUGGAGGUAGGUGAGCCCCAGGUGAAUUAUCGGGAGGCGAUCACGCGCAAAGCUACCUUUGACUACUUACAUAAAAAACAAACUGGAGGUUCGGGCCAGUAUGCCAAAAUCAUAGGAUACAUCGAGCCCAUUGAGGAAGAGACUUUCGAGUUUGUGAAUGAGUGUGUGGGCACGAAUGUACCCUCGGAAUUUAUACCUUCUGUCGAGAAAGGGUGUCGAGACGCGAUCGCGAAGGGCGAUCUCGUCGGGUUUCCCGUCGAGGGUUUGAGGGUUGUGUUGCAGGACGGGGCCGCACACGCUGUGGACAGUUCAGAUCAGGCCUUCCGGGCCGCGGCGUUGUACGCCGUGAAAAGAGCCAUUGGCGAGGCGGGCGCGAAAGUAUUAGAACCGGUCAUGGCGCUCGAAGUGAGCGCCCCGACGGAGUUCCAGGGCGACAUCAUGGGCUCCAUCAAUCAGCGGCGGGGCAUGAUCACGAACAACAGUACUGAUGGGGCCCAGUCGGUCAUCAACGCCGACGUACCUCUGGCGCAAUUAUUUGGCUAUUCGACGGAUAUUCGUUCACAAACCCAAGGCAAGGGCGAGUUCACGAUGGAGUACAAGACGCACACUUCAGUGAUGCCCGACCAGCAGGCCGAGUUGGUCAAGGAGUUCCAAGCUCGACGGGCUGAGGAGAGUAAAUAGUUUCACGUUA